AUGGCGCUGAAGGAGAAGAACAAACUAGCUGGGAAUACGAAUGACUGCAGCCGGCACUCCUCGAUGGCGCCCCGGGCGCUCCCAAGGCUGCCCAAGAAAAUCUUACAGGAUGGCUUCACAACUCUUCCGUCCUGCCGUCCAGGACUUGAGACCACACGUUUCCAGCUUGACUCCACAACUGAAACGUCAGCACACUUCCUUCCUCUUGAAGGUGCUGAGGUUGAUGAAGGUGCUGAGGUUGAUGAAGGUACUGAGGUUGAUGAAGGUGCUGAGGUUGUUGAAGGUGCUGAGGUUGAUGAAGGUGCUGAGGUUGAUGAAGGUGCUGAGGUUGAUGAAGGUGCUGAGGUUGAUGAAGGUGCUGAGGUUGAUGAAGGUGCUGAGGUUGAUGAAAGUGCUGAGGUUGAUGAAGGUGCUGAGGUUGAUGAAGGUGCUGAGGUUGAUGAAGGUGCUGAGGUUGAUGAAGGUGCUGAGGUUGAUGAAGGUGCUGAGGUUGAUGAAGGUGCUGAGGUUGAUGAAGGUGCUGAGGUUGAUGAAGGUGCUGAGGUUGAUGAAGGUGUAGUGGUUGUUGAAGAUGUUGUGUCUGUUGAAAGUGUUGUGUCUGUUGGAGGUGUUGUGUCUGUUGAAGGUGUAGUGGUUGUUGAAGAUGUUGUGUCUGUUGAAGGUGUAGUGGUUGUUGAAGGUGUUGUGGUUAUUAAAGGUGUUGUGGCUGUUGAAGGUUUUGUGCCUGUUGAAGGUGUUGUGGUUAUUAAAGGUGUUGUGGCUGUUGAAGGUGUUGUGUCUGUUGAAGGUGUUGUGGUUAUUAAAGGUGUUGUGGCUGUUGAAGGUGUUGUGUCUGUUGAAGGUGUUGUGGUUAUUAAAGGUGUUGUGGCUGUUGAAGGUUUUGUGCCUGUUGAAGGUGUUGAGGUUGUUGAAGGUGUUGUGUCUGUUGAAGGUGUUGAGGUUGUUAAAGGUGUUGAGGUUGUUGAAGGUGUUGUGUCUGUUAAUGGUGUUGUGUCUGUUGAAGAUUUUGUGUCUGUUGAAGAUUUUGUGGUUGUUGAAGUUGUUAAAGGUGUCGUGGGUGUUGAUGUAGCAACAGCAACAACAGAUGUUGUUGCUGUUGCAGGUGUUGUGACUGAUGAAAGUGUUGUGAUUGAUGAACAUAUUGUGAUCGAUGAUAUAGUGAUUGUUAUUGAUCUGAACACAAACCAGGCAUCAGACAGUAAUACAGACCAGGCAUCAGGCAGUAACACAGUCCAGGCAUCAGACAGUAAAUCAGAACAAGCAUCAGAGAGUAACACAGACCAGGUAUCAGUCAGUAACACAGACCAGGAAGCAGACAGUAACACAGAGGAGGCGUCACAUAGUAACACAGACCGGGCAACAAACAGAAACAUUGACCAGGCAUCACAUAGUAUAAAAGACCAGGCAUUAAAUAACCAGGCAUCAGACUAUGUCACAGACCAGGCAUCGGACAGUAUCAAAGACCAGGCCUCAGACUGUAUCCCAGACUAUGCAUCAGACUGUAUCACAGACCUCGCAUCAUAUAGAAACACAGACCAGGCAUCAGACAGUAACUCAGACCAGACAUCAGACAAUAACACAGACAAGACAUCAGACAAUACAGACCAGGCAUCAGACAGAAACACUGACCAGCCAUCAGACUGUACCACAGACCAGGCAUCACAUAGUAAUUCAGACCAGACAUCAGACAGUAACACACACAAGGCACAAGACAGAAAGACAGACCAGGCAUCACAUAGUAACAGAGACCAGGCAUUACAUAGUAACAGAGACCAGGCAUUACAUAGUAACACAGACCAGGAAUCACAUAGUAACGUAGACCAGGCAUCAGAUUGUAACACAGACCAGGCAUCAGACAGUAACACAGACCAAGCAUCAGACGGAAACUCAGACCAGGCAUCACAUAGUAACACAGCCCAGGCAUUACAUAGUAACACAGACCAGGCAUCAGACAGUAACACAGUCCAGGCAUCACAUAACAACACAGACCAGGCAUCAGACAGUAAUACAGACCAGGCAUCGGACAGUAACACAGAUCAGGCAUCGGACAGUAACAUUGACCAUUUGUCACAUAGUAACACAGACCAGGUAUCAGACAGUAACACAGAACAGACAUCAGUCUGCAUCAGAGACCAGGAAUUACAUAGUAACACAGACUAG